AUGGCAACCUCCGCCGAACUCAAUAUCCUUUCCCUUCUCACUCAAUCGGCCUUAUCGUCUGCUUGUAUCAAAUUUUAUCCCAAAGGAUGCAAUUAUCCUCCAUUAGAAGUCAGCUAUUCUGAAUUGUUGGAUAUCUCUUCCAAGAAAGCCGCGUGGCUUCGUCAGCAAGACUCAUUCCGCGAAGGCUCGAUUACUUUGAUACAUUUCAAGAGCCAUUUGGACAACAUAAUUUGGUUCUGGGCUAGCAUCAUUGCUGGCAAUGUACCUGCCCUAUCACCGCCACUGGUCAACACUAGCGAAGGCCGUCAUGCCCACUUCCAACAUUUAUGGCGCAUCCUAGAGAACCCACUAGUUCUGACGUCUGAAUCUCUCAUCCGAGACGACUUUGUUGAGAAUGAUGCCCUUUUUGUCAUCCCAGUAGAGAGCAGUGCUGAAUUUGAUCUCGACUGCGCAACCGAUCCCGCCAAGAAUCGCUCUGGAAUUAGCCAUUUCAACACCAAUUACACAGUUGAAAGCAAUACAAGGAGUCAGCUCAAAGGAAUAGCCACCUUGGCGCUCACAUCUGGAAGUUCAGGUCAUUCGAAGGCAGUUUGCUUGGGCCAUGAACAAAUAUUUGCUUCGCUUCGAGGAAAAUUGACAGCGGCUCCAAUUCCUGAGAAUGGCUGUCUUCUCAACUGGAUUGGGUUAGAUCAUGUUGCCAGUCUCGUAGAGAUGCAUCUUUUGGCCAUGUUUACUUGUGUCACACAGGUACAAAUUCAAGCUGUUGAGGUACUUAGCAACCCGUUGGGCUUCUUGCACCUUUUAUCCGAGAACAAGGUUUCUAUGACAUUCGCCCCGGACUUCUUCCUUGCAAGGCUAUUGGGCACUCUUGAUCAGAUCCCCCCAGGAGAUCACUGUUUGAAGGAUAUUGAUCUCAGUCAUCUCCAGUUCUUGACUUCUGGGGGUGAGCUGAACAAUGUGGAUACUGGAUUCCGUGUCAUUGAACAUCUGCGUCAGCUGGGAGUCAAGCCUGCCAACUUAAUCAUUCCUGGAUUCGGUAUGACUGAGAUAUGUGCUGGCGGCAUCUUCAACAAGAAUUUCCCAGCUAUCGACAAGAAAAUAAUGAGAGAAUUCGGAGUCCUCGGGGAGCCUGUACCAGGGCUUAAGAUGCGUAUCUCGCCAUUAGAGAGGGGUAACACGAGAGCCCUUGAAGAGAACAAAGACCUGGAAAGGAAGUCUGGACUUAUCAAUGAGGUGGGUCAACUGGAAGUUCAAGGUCCGAUCGUGUUUUCCAGGUAUCUUAAUGACCAGGAGGCUACCAAGCAGUCAUUUACCUCGGAUGGAUGGUUCCAAACUGGUGACUUGGCAAAGAUCGAUACGCAAGGCCAGCUAUACUUGGAAGGACGAUUGAAAGAGCUCAUCAACAUCAACUCCGUCAAGUAUCUUCCCUAUGAGAUCGAAGAUGCUAUUGAAGCGGCCCGAAUCCCAGGAGUGGAGCCUUCUUUCAUUGCUUGCUUCUCUCAUCGGAAUUUAGAGUCACCCACAAGUCCCGAAAUGAUAUAUGUUGUGUAUCAGCAGCAAUACGAUUGGGAUGAUAUAAAAGCACGCUUCAAUGCUCUUCACGCCAUAGUUCGAACGGUUGUUCUCGUCACCUCUUCGCGACCGCAAGUACUUCCUUUACCUGCUGGGUGCCUACAAAAGACGUCUCUCGGAAAACUAUCGCGACCGAAGAUAAGAUCCGCUCUGGUUGAAGGGAAAUGGCAGGAACACGAACAUGUCAAUGAAAAAGAACUGGCUGCCUAUCGGAACGAGAAUUUGACUGUUCCAAGCAACAAGACAGAAGAAAAGCUCGUCACAUUGUUCCAAGAGGCUUUGGGAGUAGAUGUUGAGAUGGACGUUGAUAUGCCGAUACUUGACACGGGUAUUAGCUCUGUGGAGCUCAUGAGAUUGAAGCGUGUCGUGGAGCUCUCUUUUAACAUUGAAGAACUCCCAAUGAUCAUUAUUCUCACCAAUACCACCAUCCGAUCCUUGGCCGAAGCCAUCCACAAACUACAGGGCUCGCAAAAUGUCGGCGAAUACAAGCCAGUGGUCACGUUGCAGCCAAAUGGUGAAGGCUCCAAGGUGCCGCUAUGGCUAUUCCAUCCUGGAGUCGGCGAAAUUCUCAUUUUCCUCGGGCUAGCCCAGCACUUUCCUGACCGACCAGUCUAUGCAUUCCGCCCUCGAGGCUUCAACCCUGGCGAGAAACCAUUCCACAAUCAAGAAGAUUUAUUGGAAGCAUACUACCGUGGCCUCAAAGAAAAGCAGCCAAAGGGACCAUAUGCAAUGGCCGGAUAUUCCUACGGAAGUGUUCUUGCCUUUGAAUUGAGUAAGCGAUUGGAAGCAGAGGGUGAAACGGUACAAUUCCUUGCUUCAUUCAAUCUGCCACCUCAUAUCAAGCAACGUAUGCGUACCCUUGAUUGGACAGCUGGCCUCAUUCAUAUUGCUCAUUUCUGCGAUAUCAUUUCGCAAGAACGUGCCGAUAAACUAAAUUCCGAGCUGCGGUCUGGAGAAAUUUCACACCGCGAUCAGAUUGCUACGGUCUUGGCGGAAAGCGAGCCCGAACGCACUGCGCGACUAGGACUCACACCCCAGUCACUAUUCACAUGGGUCAAUGUCGCUCUCUCCUUGCAGAAGAUUGGCUGGACUUACGACCCGUCUGGAAUGGUAUCGCGCAUGGAUAUUUUCUACUGUCAGCCUUUGAAAGACGUCGCAUCUUCUCGUGAAGAGUACCGCAAUGACAAACUCAAUCAUUGGACUGAUUUUGCCCGCGAUGUCAAAUAUCAUGAAGUUGGCGGCGAGCACUACACUAUGAUUGGACCAGAGCAUUUGCCUAAAUUCCAACAGACUCUGAAGAGGGUGAUGGCAGCUCGAGGUCUCUAG